UCUGGUACGGAGGUAGUAUUUUUAGAUAGAACUAACUGGAGCGGAACGGGUGGGUUGUGGCUUGUGGGUCCCCAAUUCACGAGUCAUUGCUGUCACGCUCACUCCGUCCAAUAUAAAAUGUACUAAUACUGACAGCUUCCAGCCAGCUGCUGAGACGAAAAUUCAAGGAACUUGCAGCUCCCAGCUGUAUAAAUUGAAGGAUCCGGGUUAGACUGACGCGCGCCCCCGGGAGUUUUCUCAGAAACAUCAUUCCCCCCACCCCAGCCAUCAUCCGUCUGCUCCGGAACCCGGCUCUGAGAGAGUGAGAGGAUUUGAGAUAAAGAGGCCGGCUGUGGCCUUGAUCCUGCCUCGCAAGCUGGCGUUGUCACAGGCAUGUCUUCAGUGUCGCCGAGAAAACAGCCGCUUGUUCAGCGGGAGGCAUCCACGAGCAUGAAUGAUAACGAGGGCGGAUUCUCAUGGCUGACAGCUCUGGGAUUCGGUUUCCUUACCUUCAACUCCGGGAUGGCGAUCUACCGGUCCGAUGGCGAUCGUGGAUCGGUGGCGUUCGUAUUAACAUCGUACAUCGAUCUCGUGCUGCUCUUCGCGUGCCUCCGUCUCUUCGAGAAAGCGCCGAGGGACUCUGCCCGCCGGGAAUGGCUCAAGGUCUUUGUAUGGGGACUGACGACGUUGCUCACGGUGAUGUUCUCGUACAAGGUGGCGGCAAUCAUGCCGCCGGUGGUCGCCGUGAUCGUCUGGGCGAUGGCAUUUGCCACAAUCGGUGGUGGGUUCUACGCCUUCUUCGUGCACCAGGACAAGGCUGCUCAGCUAGAGCAGGCCAACAGAUAGAUUCGCGUAUGUUUUGGUUCAUUGUUGUGUCGUCUGUAAACAUAGUUUCUACUGCUACCACUACUACGAGUGCUGGAUGUAAUGUAUUUCGAAAUAAAUGCAAUACCAAGAGGAAUAUUACUGGUAUUGCUAUGCUUGUUUUUAUCCUGA